GCUAUUAUUCAUUAGGUGCGUACUAUUAUAGUAUUGCGGCUUCAAAAGUGUUCAUCUUGAAACUUGAUUUUGAUCAUUAACUUUUUGCUUUGCAGUGAUCAUGUUCCUAAUCUCUUGGUCAUUCACUGUGGUAUCUUUGGCCCUUGCAAGCCUCAUAUAUAAGUACGUGAGCAUUAAAGGAAAGGCUGGGGACUGGGGUGAUGGUUUCAAAAGUGCCUAUUUCCAACUAGCACUUCGUAGCCUUCGGUCUCUUGGAGCAAGCCAAGUGCACCCAAAAAAUUGGUAUCCAAUUCCACUAAUAUUUUGCCGACCCUGGGGCAAACUGCCAGAAAACGUUCCAUGUCAUCCCAAACUUGCAGAUUUUGCGAACUGCAUGAAGAAGAAAGGUCGAGGAAUGUCCAUAUUUGUCUCUAUACUAGAUGGUGAUUACCAUGAACGUGCUGAAGAUGCCAAAACUGCUUGUAAACAACUUAGCACCUACAUUGAUUACAAAAAUUGUGAAGGUGUGGCUGAGAUUGUUGUAGCCCCCAACAUGUCUGAAGGCUUCCGUGGUAUUAUUCAGACAAUGGGCCUGGGCAAUCUCAAGCCAAACAUUGUGGUGAUGCGUUACCCAGAAAUUUGGCGAAGGGAAAACUUGACAGAAAUCCCUGCCACCUUCGUUGGGAUAAUCAAUGAUUGCAUUGUUGCAAACAAAGCUGUGGUUAUAGUUAAGGGUCUUGAUGAAUGGCCGAAUGAGUACCAGAGGCAGUAUGGUACGAUUGAUUUGUACUGGAUUGUAAGAGAUGGUGGUCUCAUGCUGCUUCUCUCUCAGCUCCUUCUUACCAAGGCGAGCUUUGAGAAUUGCAAGAUUCAGGUCUUCUGUAUCGCAGAAGACGAUGGAGAUGCAGAGGGACUGAAAGCUGAUGUGAAAAAAUUCCUUUAUGAUCUUCGGAUGCAAGCGGAAGUUUUUGUCAUAACAAUGAAAUGGGAUGCACAGAUGGAUGGGGGUGGUGGGUCUCCACAAGACGAGUCGUCGGAAGCAUUUACUAGUGCUCAGCAGAGAAUUGAUGAUUACUUAACCCAGAUGAAGGUAAGAGCACAGAAAGAAGGUACUCCUCUAAGGGCAGAUGGUAAGCCUGUGGUUGUGAACGAGAAGCAGGUGGAGAAGUUUCUUUACACAACACUAAAGCUCAAUUCAAUAAUUCUGAGAUAUUCAAGAAUGGCUGCUGUUGUAUUGGUAAGUCUUCCUCCACCUCCACUGAGUCACCCAGCAUACUUCUAUAUGGAGUACAUGGAUCUGUUGCUGGAGAAUGUACCAAGGAUUUUGAUUGUAAGAGGUUAUCGUAGAGACGUUGUAACUCUAUUCACGUAGUUUUAAGUGGAUGAUUCUAGGACACACUAAUUACGUUUCUCCCUCACUGUUUAUAUUUUGUAGCUUACAUGCAAGUGCUCAUUCUUUGUACCAAUUUUCUUGCUGAAGGGGGUCUUUUGUAUUCACCAGUUUUAUAGGAAAUAUGAAAUUAUUUUCAACCUUAUUAAUUUUUUCUUGUAUCGGAUGACAAUUAAACUGUUUGCUAUUCUCGUUUCC